UUCAACAAAUAAAAAAUUGAAGAAAUUCUUAAAAAAAAAAAGAGGAGAAUGAAAAAACAAAAAAGGUUAUAUAAAAGGAAUCUAAAAUACAAGCUUCUGUUCAAGUUAUAUUUAGGCCGGUUUGUGAAAAAAGAAAAAGGAACCUCGGAUGGAACCAGACGAUCCUUUUGGUUGGAUAACGGAGCUCUGCCAGGUGUCAUCCUCUGAGGAGUCCCGCUUACGACGCUGUUCUUAUUUUGGACAGUCGGAUUCUGAUGAUUCCGACUCGGAGUGGCAAAAUCCGCUCGACAUCCUGAUCGUUGCCGCCGGCAUCACAAUGGUGACUCCUCCGGAAUCACAGCAAGACGAACCAGAAAAUGACACAAAUACCCUUCCCGAAGACCAGGAAAUCUUCCACACGCCUCCCGAGUCCAGGGCCACCUCCAUCUCCACCUCUGUCGAUAACUGCAACGAUGUUCGAAUGAUCGGCGAUGGUCUUGAUCACGACGGAGAAACCGUGGUCGUUGAUGCUGAUAGUGCGGACAGCAGGAGGGCCGUUGAUUUGGGUAGGGAUUCGGAUCUAGGGUUUUCGGAAGUGGAAGUGGAUUCGACACAGCGAAUUGAAGCUAAUUCGAAACCAGACGGCGCGUUUGGAAGGAAAUCGGAAGAAAUUAGGGUUUCAAGAAGAGGAUUUUCCCCAACCGGACAAUUAUCAACUGAAUCUCCAUCGAAAAAGUUGAAAAGUUUGGAUUUUGAAUCGCCAAGUGUACGAUUGGGGACUUCAAAGGGGGAAAACACAGACGAUAUUUUGAAAUCGUUGGAGAAAUGGAACUUCAAGACAGUUAGUCUGUCUCCGAGAGCUAGUUCAGAAUUAGAGCGUGAAAAUCAGCAAAAUUAUGAAUCUAAUGAAGUUGGUGAAGGAAGUGUUAGGAAAAGAAGGCUUGAUUUGCCGACUGAUGUUACUGAGGGUGAAGAAAGAAUUAUGAAUAGUAAAAAAAACGAUGGUGAAGGAAACGAUGGGGAGACAAGGCUUGAAUUUUCGACUGAGGAUAUCGACUUUCAUCCUGAAAAAAGAAAUGCGGGGAGCGAAAAUGAGAAUGGUGAAGGAAAUUCUGGGAGAAAUAAUAAGAGCGUGGAGGAUAUCGAUCAGUUUAGAUUCACUGGUGGGAAUGAUUCGAAUUCGCGUGAAAUGAAGGAGAAAACUGAUAAAAAAAGGGCAUUGCCCUCAUGGGCUAAUGGGAGAGUGGGGGCUGAUGAGAGUGUUGAAGAUAAUGAAAGGGAGCCGGUCCAGGCUGAUACGGAUUCGGAGACAUUUAGUGAGGAUGUUGAGGAUUCAGAGAGUUUGAGUGAGGAGUUUGAAGAAAUGACGCUUUUGAAUAUUUUGAUGGAACUGGCAAAGGAUUGUGAGGAGGAUAGGAGUCUCGAAUGUCUUAGUCUUUUGGAGGUUGCAGAGAGAAAAGGGAUAUAGUUUUUUGACCAAGUGGUAGGCCGCAGGAGAGGAGAUCUAAAGAGAAGAGAUAGCUGAAACUGAAAGAGUAUUGGGUCUUCUUUUGGGCGCGUUUUGUCCCUUGGGUAUGGAUGGAGGGAAAAGGUCCAGAAGGAGAUUGAAUGAAGCUGUUUUUCUGCUACAUACGCAGCUCCUGUGUGCGCAUGUGUGCAUCCCCUGUCUCUCUGUGGGUGAGCUUCUCCACACGUGUUGAUGCCUUCAUUGGUUGGUCUAUGGAAAUGGACCAUUAACGCAAUAUCUAGAAAUUAUUUGUUGUUUAAAGUCAAGCGUUGUGGAUCAAAAUUCAGUACCCGAGAUGAAAACUGAUUUGCGCUAAAAUUUGUCAAAUAAGGAAACAGGUGAAAGUUGCUUCGUGGACGUCUUGUAUUGCCUUGACUCAUUUGAGCAUAACCAAUGCAACCACCUAUGAGCAACAGUGCAAUACUUUAAAAGGCCCCCAUUGCUUUUGAACGCAGGGAUUUUUCCCCGACCCAAAGAAGCAUGAGUUAACCUCAAGAAAGGAUGACCCGGGUUGUCAACUUCAAGCGCACUUGUUGGGGCAGUUCAAACAACUGUAAGUGUGGGUUUCUAUUGAUUUCCUAGAACGACCAGCCAUGCACGCUACUCAUCAAACGCAAUUGUCUUAACGCAAACUAGUCGGAGGUUUGCCAACUUAAAUUCUGCUUUCCAUCACAUAUUCACAUUCUAAAUCAACCACCUCAAAGACACAAUCCUUUAUCCCUUUGGACCCUUUCCCCCACCUUUCUUAUCCUAGGGUGAUUGCUUGAAAGGACAAAGAUCUUAUCAACAACGCCCCUACAAUCAAAUGAUAUAUGCAGAUAUCCAGUAUAAUUCAAAAGGCACCAAUAAAG